GCCCCAAGAGACUGGUCUCAUUAGAAUCAGUGCAGCACCCAAAUUACUUUAUUGUUUACAAUGAUGAUGGCACUGUUGCUCUGAAGAAGUGGCAGUCUGCAACCAGCUUCCGUCUUCAUAGCACCUUCGUGUUCCGCCAGGAUCGCUGGAUAAAAGGUUAUGACGCCUAUGAGUCAUAUGUUUCUCGAGGCUACUACCUCAGUAGUCGACCAGACGGUACUGUUAAAGUCAGCAAGUUUAUGUCUGGGAUGAACAACUUCAUGAGCUUCAAAGCCAGUGUACAAUCUCUUGGUCUGGCAUCAAGCAAGCUAUGCAUAUGGAGCUACCAGCCGUGUAGCUCUCCAUGCAUUAAGACCUGCCGGGACCCAGAUGGCACUGCAUGUACACUGGAUGUAAAGGUUGAAGGCUGCUACCCUCAGUGUGCUCCAGACAGGCUCUUUGAUGAAGUUACUCACCGCUGUGUCUACAAAGAGGACUGUUAUGUACCACCAGUGACAACUGCACCUCCAUCAACAACAACUAAACUCUCUUCAACAACCACUCCAUCUUUAACAACAGUUUCCCAAGAAACGCCUCCUGUGACAUUUACAACUCCUCCAAUGUCAUUAACCACUGUAAAUAUAUAG